CUCCAUAUUUUCUAUUUUCUAUUUUUCAAAAAAAAAAAAAACGCUCCAUUUCUCUCUACUUCACUUUUGAAUUAUUAUUAUUUUUCUCAUGCAUAUGCAUCGUUUAUCGGGUUGAAAAACAGAGUCCGCGAAUAUAGUUACAGAUGGGAAAUUGCUGCUCGGACGUUAGCGGCGGGAUGUCCGCAGUGGAUGGCACCUCCGCUUCCACCGCUACUGGCAACCAAAACGACGCUGUCGACUGGUACUUCAAGUCUCGUGGCAUCUACGCCCCCUUCUCUCAGAUCGAGUUAUCAUUUUCUGCCACAAAUUUGCGAGACCGUGAUGUUUUCUCCAAGAGUGAUCCGAUGUUGGUGGUUUGUAUUAAAGAAAGAGAUGGCGCAAUUACAGAAGUAUUUCGUACUGAAGUAGUUCUCAAUUCAUUGAAUCCUAAAUGGAUCAGAAAGUAUACUAUUACUUAUCAUUUUGAGGUUAUCCAAACCUUGCUGUUUCAUGUCUUUGAUGUCGAUACUCAGUUUCACAAUGUCGAAGUAAAGAUGCUUAAGCUGGAGGAGCAGCAAUCUCUUGGUGAGGCAAGUUGCGCAUUGUCAGAGAUUGUAACCAAACGAAACAGGUCAUUAACCUUGGAUCUUGUAUGUAGAGAGGAAUAUGUCACAUCAACCCAUUCCCAACACUGCGGAAAGCUUACUGUGCAUGCUGAGGAAAUUUUUAGCUCGAAGACUACAGUAGAGAUGACAUUAAAGUGUUUAGAUUUAGAAUCUAAGGAUCUCUUCUCAAAAAGUGAUCCAUUUUUGGUAAUAUCAAAACUUGUUGAGAGUGGGAUUUCUAUUCCCGUAUGUAAAACUGAAGUCUUAAAGAAUGAUCUCAACCCAACAUGGAAGCCAGUGUUUCUGAAUAUUCAACAAGUCGGAAGUAAGGAUAGUCCAUUGGUGAUAGAGUGCUUUAACUUCAACAGCAAUGGCAAGCACGAUCUGAUUGGAAAAGUCCAGAAGUCGCUAGUAGAUUUGGAAAAGCUUCAUUCUGGAAGGGAAGGCGAACAUUUAUUUUUGCCAACUGUGGGGCAUGAUUACCAAAACAAGAUACUAAAAGGCAGGCUUUUUGUGGAAAAAUUCUCUGAGAAUGUCCAACAUACCUUCCUGGAUUACCUAGCUGGGGGUUUUGAACUGAACUUUAUGGUUGCUAUUGAUUUCACUGCUUCAAAUGGAAAUCCCCGCCUCCCUGAUUCCUUGCAUUAUAUUGAUCCAUCAGGACGGCCAAAUUCUUACCAGAAAGCAAUCUAUGAGGUUGGCGAGAUAUUGCAGUUUUAUGAUGCAGACAAGCGCUUUCCUGCAUGGGGAUUUGGAGCACGGCCUAUUGAUGGUCCAGUUUCUCAUUGUUUCAACUUGAAUGGAAGCAGUAACUACUGUGAGGUUGAAGGAAUCCGAGGAAUUAUGAUGGCCUAUACAAGUGCCCUUUUUAAUGUUUCUCUUGCAGGGCCAACAUUGUUUGGACAUGUGAUUAACAGAGCUGCACUAAUUGCCAGCCAAUCUCUUGCCAAUGAUGCUAAAAAAUACUUUGUUUUGUUGAUAAUCACGGAUGGGGUAGUAACUGAUCUCCAAGAAACCAAAGAUGCCCUAGUAAAAGCAUCAGAUCUACCAUUGUCGAUUCUCAUUGUUGGAGUUGGAGGAGCUGACUUCAAAGAAAUGGAGAUUUUAGAUGCAGACAAGGGGGAAAGACUUGAAAGCUCAACUGGACGCGUUGCUUCACGUGAUAUUGUUCAAUUUGUUCCAUUUAGGGAUGUACAGAGCGGAGAGAUUUCCAUUGUUCAAGCAGUUCUAGCAGAAUUACCAACACAAUUUUUAACGUACAUGCGAAGCAGAGAUAUUAAACCAAGCACUUGAUUUGGUAAAUCAUUGUACAUAUCAAAAUGUUUUCAUUUUUUCACGCAUGGAGUUUGCCUCUUGUCAAUGCUACCAUGGUUCUUUUUUUAACGAGGUAUUUUGUAUUCAAGUCGUACAUCACCAUGUCUCUUCAGACACAAUAGAACCGAUAGAUAUAUGUUGCAUUAUCACGUUGAAUUGAAGAUCGAUUAGGUCAACAUAAAGCUUCACCGUUUCGAUUGUGUGCUGUCUUUGGCCACACGGCUGACAGCACAUUCUUUGUCAUGUCUAGCGUCCACGAUUGGUUGUCGGAUUCACAAUGGGGCAACCAAAGCAUCAAUUAGCGACAAAUAUGUUGUUUUUAGAAACAAUUUUAGACCAAGUAUGAACAAGAUAUUGGUUAAUGGUUGCCAGAGUUUCCUUUUGAAUUCCUUUUUCCUCAUUUUUGGGUUCAGACAAACAUGUGUAGACAGCUGUUCACGUUUUAAUAUUGCCAUGGUGCGAUUGUUAUUUCAGUCAAAUUGCUGGCUACGUGUUAUGAUCGUAGAGAUGAGCCAUUAAUUUUAUAUCCAUUGUGUAUUAGGGUCAUUAUCUGGAAUAUAAGAGCUCUCAUUAUAUUUAAUUUGUAAAAUAUUUUUUGUGAGAUAAAAUUAUAAGGUUCAAUAGGUUGCAGUAUAUAAUAUUUCAUAAGUUGGAUAUUAGAGGUGACUUUGGGAUAUAUUUAAUUUGUUAAGAAUUUCAUUUUCAGUUCAAUGUCAAGGCUAUCUUCAUCCUACAUAAAACAAGCUAACAUAAAAAGAAAGAAAAUGAACAGAAAAGAGUAGUACAAAAAAACAAGGUCAAUUUAGAAAUGUAUUUGAACUUUGAAUAGAAGACUUUGAUGAGGAAGUGGGCCUAAGUUGGGCUAAAUAUAGAAGAAUACAAAUUCCACGCGGUUGUCUUUACUCACUAUUUCAUGUCAACAACUGGUCAACCCCAAUAAAUUCCAUAAU